AUGGUCUGCCUGGAGGGCAGCGAAGCCGAAGGCAGUCGGCUGGCCGUGCCCCUCCCGGGCCGGCCACCCCACACCCGCUGGCCACCUGCACGGCCGCCAAGAGAAGAAUUUUCGCUGCUUUCUGUGUACGUGAAGACAAUCGGCAUCAGAUAUGAAGCUAACUGGAAUCAACUUCGCCUAUCUUUACAGGAAGAUACUGGAAUGUGUACCAUUCAGGCUCGGCUUACCAUAAUAUUCUCUAUGGGACAGCUGACCACAGGAUUCUCAUUCACAAACAUCCAGAUGCGAGAUAAGACGUUAUUUCUGCUUCAGUGCAAAAUCUUAACAGCUGAUUAUAGGUCAGAAAAAAUAUGUCAGAUCUUAAGAUUGGCCCAGUCAAAGAAGAACAUUAUCAGCUUGAACAUGGACCUCGAAAAGGAUAUGCAGAGAAUAGAUGAAGCAAACCAGGAACUACUUCUGAAAAUCCAAGAGAAAGAAAAUGAGAUCCAGAGGCUGGAAAGUGAGAUCACCCAGACUGGAGACCCAGCAGAGGAGGAGGAGUGGGAGAAGGAAAACCGUUCCUUACUAGAAGAGGAGGCAGCCUUGCAGGAGCUGGAAGAAGAAACAGCCAGACUGGAAAGGAAGAAUGAGACGCUGGUCCACAGUAUAACAGAACUUCAGAGAAAGCUUACGAGGAAGUCAUACAAGACAACCAAGUUCGAACAAGGCAGUCUGGACAGAACCCCAGAAGAGUCAAAGAUGAAGCUGCAGCAACUGGAAACUUCCUGCACAGACCAAGAGAAGGAGCUGGCCAAGGUAAUGCAAGACUAUGCGCUUGUGGCUCAGCUCUGUGAAGACCAAGCCCUCUGCAUAAAGAAGUACCAAGAAACUUUGAGAAGAAUAGAAGAAGAACUAGAGACCCAAUUCCUUGAGAGAGAAGUAUCAAAAGUCUUAAGCAUGGACUCUGUGAGAAACACUCAAGAUAGCCAAAAUCACAAGUAUAAUUCUAUUCUUAAAAGGUCAACAUUGUUCGGUAAAAGGAUUUUUCGUACUCUCUUUUUUACCACUCUAUUUUUCACAAGACUGCUGGGAUACCUAGUCUUCCACUUAAGUUUUAUAAAUCCAGAUAUCCUGGUCAACAUACUGCCCAAAGUCCUGAGCAGGAGCAUCUUGUGGAGGCUGAGAUGUUCCCUCUGUCCAUCGCUCACCCUGGAGACCGAGGGCGUGUUACCUCACUGA